AUGACGGAACGCAAGUCAUUGAUAGUCGGUAUCUCCGGAUGUUCAUCCUGCGGAAAGACUACCCUCGCCCGCAUACUUCGAGAUGUCUUUCCCAACACCUUUAUCUUGCACCAAGAUGAUUUCUACAAGGAGGAAAAGGACCUGCCCAAAAAGAACGGAUUGCUAGACUGGGACUGUGCUGGCGCAAUCGACGUGCCUGGCAUGGCAGAGUCCCUCGCUUACAUCCGGCAGAAUGCAGCCUUUCCGCCGCAUCUCGAGUCAAAGGAGGAUCAGAACUCGAUCGGCGAAUGUCCCGUUUCCGAUUCCGCCAUAGCCGCCCUCAAGUCGAGCGUUGACUCGUCCAUCCCCGCCGAUCAUCCCUUGCGCACGGGGGCACUGUCUCUCUGCCUCUUGGAUGGGUUUCUCCUUUACCCCCCAUCAAUGUCCCCCAUCCACCCUUACCUUGACAUCAAGAUCUUUCUGCGAACAACGUAUGAGAAAGCUAAGAUGCGAAGAGAACGAAGGGAUGGCUACGUUACGAUCGAAGGAUUUUGGAGUGACCCACCAGGAUACGUUGACAAGAUUGUCUGGCCAAACUAUGUGGAAGAGCAUGCGUGGAUGUUUGAGAACGGCGAUGUAGAGCGCGAUUUCAAGGAGGAUGCUUUGGCAAAAGAGAAUAUCCGCGUGGAAAAGGGUUUGGAUGCUGACAGAGACUUGGAGAGCACCCUGAACUGGGCGGCCGAUGUGGUGCUGGACGGGCUUAAAAAGAGCCAAGUCUGA